UGGCCGUUUUAGCGGCGCUUCCGCCGGCCCUCAGAGCGACCGGGGCCGGGUGGGAACGGGUUCCUUCCCAGUUCCCGGUUCCCUCCGCUCCGCUUCCCCGCAGCCCGUUCACCCUCCCCCGGUGCAAUAGCCAACGGGCCGGGUGCCGCUAUCCCCACUUCCACCGCCCCAGCUCCCUUCCCGAAUUGCAGGUUUGCCUCCCGCUUUCCGCAGGGGCGGGAAGGGCUGUUUCCAGGUUCGAUGCCCGGCACUCGGGUUCCGGGUGAAGCAGUGUCCGGCCCGUCAGCUUGCUUGUCCACAACCUGGGGUACCAGCCCUUGCAGAGCUCCUCUUGGAGAGUUAAAACUCCCCAGAACUCCGCGAGUAAACAGGAGGCAGAAUUUAAGCUGCCCCCACAGCCUCCUUGGUCAAGCAGCCCCUGCUGGCCCCCGAGGUGCGAGCUGUGCCUGGUUCCCAGCCCCGAGGUGAGGCCGCCACCCUGCCUCAGUUUCCCUCCCCAGCAGCCUUCCCCUCCUCCAGAGCAUCGCUGGCUGCUAAAGGUGGUUUUAAGCCUUAUAAAUCGACAUCGAGAAUCGAUGCGAAGAAGAGCCGGCAAUGCCCUGGACACCACCAAGGACCCCUGCCAGAAGGUGAAGUGCAGCCGGCACAAGGUGUGUGUGGCGCAGGGCUACCAGCGCGCCAUGUGCAUCAGCCGCAAGAAGCUGGAGCACAGGAUCAAGCUGCCGGGCGCCAAGGGCCACGGGGGCUGCAAGCCCUGCCAUGCCGCCCCGCUCGCCGCUGUCUGCGGCUCUGACGGCCACACUUACAGCUCGGCGUGCAAGCUGGAGCAGCAGGCGUGCCUGGCCAGCAAGCAGCUGACGGUGCGGUGCGAGGGGCAGUGCCCCUGCCCAACCCCGCACGCUCCCACCGGCGAUGGCAAGCAAGAGCCGUGCACCGGGCAGGACCUGGCCGACCUGGGUGACCGCCUGCGCGACUGGUUCCAGCUCCUGCGGGAGAAUGCCAAGCAGAACGGCUCCGGCGGCCUCCCCGCCAGCCCUGCCACCGCGCUGGAGAGGAGCGUGGCGGCCAGCUGCAAGGAGGCAGUGGGGUGGAUGUUCGCCCGGCUGGACACCAGCGGGGAUCUGUUCCUGGAGGCGGCCGAGCUGGCCGCCAUCAACCUGGAUAAGUACGAAGUUUGCAUCCGCUCCUUCUUCAACUCCUGCGACACCUCCAGGGACGGCCGCGUCUCCGCGCCCGAGUGGUGCUUCUGCUUCUGGAGGGAAAAGCCGCCCUGCCUCAGGGAGCUGGAGAAGAUUCAGAUCCAAGAAGCAGCCAAAAUGAAGCCGGGCACCUUCAUCCCCAGCUGCGAUGAGGACGGGUACUACCGGCGGGCGCAGUGCGAGCCAGGCGGCGGGGAGUGCUGGUGCGUGGACCAGCACGGGGCCGAGCUGACGGGCACCCGCGGCCACGGCAGCCCCGACUGCGAGGAGGCGGCAGGGUUUUCGGGCGACUUUGGGAGCAGCGUGGGCUGGGAGGACGAGGAGGAGAAGGAGCCAGAAGAGGCGGGCGAGGAAGGCGAGGAAGAGGAGGGUGAAGCAGGCGAGGGCGACGACGGCGGCUACAUCUGGUAGAGGAGCAGGAAAGCCCGGCGAGCGGCACGGCCGGGUGGCAGCCCCCCAACCGGGGGUCCCUGUGACCCCCCCACUGCCGGAGGGGCAUGGGGUGGGUGUGUGUCCCCCAUCCCGGCCCCGUGUGGGACGGGGUGUCGGGGGGCUCGCCCGAGGAGGGGUGAGCAGGGUGGGGGGCCCACACUUGUGCGAAUUUGAGCUUUCUUUUGUUGUUUUGGGGUAGAGCCCCGUAGGCCUAGUGUGCUGCGGCGUGGUCUUCAACCGGGCAGGCGGAGCUAAUAAAAGUGGGAAAAACAUUAAAAACAAAGAAAACCCCAUAGAGAAGCUGCCCCCCCGCCCCCCGCAAUGCUCCCCGUGCUGUGCUUGCGCGGCUGCCCCGGCCCCCGGUGUUGUGUAGCGGCUGUGAAAUAAAUACCCUGUGCUGUGUCAAA